AUGGGCUUACACUACCCCCUCGAGCUGACGGCCAGUUCCAGCUGGACUUCUUGUCUACUGAGAUUCCUUCUAUAUGGAAUGGCAGGCUUCACAGUGAUUCUGCUGGUAGCCUACCUCUACAUUUUUCCUCUACAAGAAAGGUCCCUUGCCUAUCGAAAUCUUCCCGGUCCCAAAUCGCCCAGCAUCUUCUGGGGAUCCAUCAAGACCGUCCUCGCUCAUUCGCACCCCAAUGCUGCGUACGACAUCUGGCUUGCAGCCCAUGGCCCCACAUUACGCUACAAUAUCCUCCUCGGCAUGUCCCGCGUCUUGACCAUCGAUACAACCGCCAUCUCCUACAUUCUCUCCCACCCAGACCUGUUUCCCAAGCCCGUUCAUGGUCGAGCUAUUCUGGGCGACAUGCUUGGCAAGGGCUGGUGCUUCAGCCCGAACAGCAUCAAAGGGAUGGCGCCUAUCUUCUUUGACAAGGCUUACGAACUCAAGAUACGUCUGCUAGGCUUAAUAGAUGAUGACGCGGAAUCUCAAGCAAGCCCCACACCCCCCCUAGAACAGGACAAGCAGCCCAACGGGCGAAAGAUCGACAUGCUCAAAUGGACCGGCAAGGCUACGUUGGACGUGAUCGGCUUAGCGGGGUUUGACUAUGACUUCCAAACGCUGGAGGGGGGUGAAAAUGAGCUGGCAGAAGCGUACCGGGAGAUGUUUGAGAUUGGCAUGGGCAUGUCGGCUAUGAGCGUGAUCCAAGGGCUUUUCCCUGCUCUUCGUUUCAUUCCUACUGAGAGGACACAAGUGCUUAACAGGAGCCGGAGCAUCACGCGACGAGUCGGUAUGGAGAUCAUCCAGCGUAAAAAGCAAGUGGUACAGACAUACUACGCCGGGUUUUUGGAGAAGAACGUAGACAUCGGCAACGAUCUGCUGUCUAUCUUGAUCAAAGCCAACAUGGCUCAUGAUAUCCUACCGGAAGACCGCCUGUCGGACGACGAAGUUUUGGACCAGAUCACCACCUUCAUGCUCGCCGGGAACGAGACGUCAUCCACCGCCCUCACCUGGGUCCUCUAUACCCUGUCCCAGCACCCCACCGUUCAACACCGCCUCCGUGCUGAGCUACAAUCCGUCCCCGAUGACCACCCACCUAUAGAAACACUCUUGGCGCUUCCAUAUAUGGAUGCAGUGGUGAAGGAAGUCUUGAGACUAUCUGCACCGAUUCCGAUGGCACUGAGAGAGGCGGCGCAAGACUGUGUCCUACCCUUGGCCACGCCUGUAGUUGGAAGAGAUGGGAGGGUUUUGGACAGUGUUGCGCUCAAUAGGGGGACGACUGUUUUGAUGCCCAAUCUAAACGUCAACACUUCGGAGGAUAUCUGGGGCCCAACAGCCUCUCAAUUCAUACCCGACCGGUUCCUUGACCCUAUCCCCGAAUUGUAUCCCGCCACCACCAAAGCUGUCCCAGGAGUAUAUCACAACCUCAUGACGUUUCUUGGAGGGAGCAGGAACUGCAUAGGGUAUAGGUUUGCGCUGGCAGAGAUGAAAGUGAUGUUGUUUGUCUUGAUUAGAGGCUUUGAAUUUGAAGAGCUAAACAGUCGGCCAGAGAUAGAGAGGAAAGUUUCCGUCGUGAUGAGGCCGCGGGUAGUCGGAGAGGAGGAAGCUGGGCUGCAGCUUCCUCUAUUUGUCAAACCUUUGUCCGACCUAUGUUGAUUGUCCAUGUUAUGCAAUGAAGAG